AUGAUUACUAAUCUAAUGCAGAAAGUGAUUGGAUAUUUGCUUGCCUUUGGUGCGGGUGCAGGAGCCACUCAACUCUAUCGAAUGAGACAAAUACAUGAUAAUGCUGAUGUUGCUGGUUCUCCUAUGUCAAUGAAAUCACACAUAAUGGAUAAAGGAGCAGCCAUGUUGGGUCAUUUUGCACCGAUAAAUAGUAUUCAUCAACAUGUGUGUGGUUUUCAUUUUUAUUCUGGUCAAUUGAAUCGCCAAUUAACUGCUCAUCAUUAUUGUUCUCAUUUAAAUGAAGAUAUACGUCAAUGUGUUAUCUAUGAUUCAGACGCACCAAAUGCACGUCUCAUUGGUGUUGAAUAUAUUAUUUCGAGUAAAUUAUUUUCAAAGUUAACUGAUGAUGAAAAGAAACUAUGGCAUUCACAUAUACAUGAAGUGAAAAGUGGUGAGUUAGUGGGUAUUGGACUGCCAGAUUCAGUUGAAAAAGAAGCUAUGAAGGAAUUAAUCAGUACAUAUGGCAAAACUUUUCACACAUGGCAAGUGGACAGAGGCGAUCCAUUACCAUUGGGUAUUCCACAAUUAAUGAUGGGAUUUACAGCCGAUGGACAAGUAAAUCCAAGUUUAGUGAAACAACGUGAUGAACAUUACAAAAUAAGUUCAGAACAAAAACGUAUAAAUCGUACAGAUAUACCAUUACCAGAGAAAGAUGUUAUGAGUGAUUAUUGGAUGAAAUCGAAUAAAGCUAUUCAAUUGGACAUUAAAGAAUCAAAAAUGAAAAUAAAAUAG